AUGGCUGACCCGCGCUUGCGCCAGUUAACGAUCAAGGGCAAUAUUGUUAAGCGGUAUUGUCUAGUGGUCUUUUGUUAAUUGUGUAUUAGCAUCGCGAAGGACCGAUUGAAAUAUGAAGAAGAGCUUGCAGGCCUCAUUAAUUCCCAAAAAGAACUUGAAGUGUCCGGUGCAGAUGCGUACGCCAUAAAAAAGGCGGUUAGAGGUGACGCUUCGUGACUAUUUCUGCAGGUGGAGUUGGUUGAUGAGACCCGUAUGAUGAUCUCCGACUGUAAUCAAAGGUUAACCAAGGCCGUUGCUGACUUGGAACUUGUCAUUCAGGAGAGCGAAGGGGAACUGA